AACCAACAAAAAAUACAAUGCCACCAAAGAAGAAGGCCGCUGCUGAUUCUGAUGACGAAAAGCCAAAGAGAGCACCAACACCUCUUGCUUUGUUCAAAGAAGAUAAUAUGGAAAAAGUAAAGAAGGAUAACGCAGGAAAGAAGCAAAAUGAAAUUAAUAAGAUCUUGUCUCAAAUGUUUAAAGAUGCUGAUGAUGAUGUAAAGGAAAAAUACACUAAGAAGAGUAAGAAGCUCAAGGCUGAACUCGAAGGAGAUGAUGAUGAAGAAGAAGAAGAAAAGACAACAACAAAGGGAUCAAAGAAGAGAGGUGCACCAAAGAAGUCUGACGAAGAAAAGACUACAACAUCUGACAAGCCUAAGAGAGCCCAAUCUGCUUUGCAAAUUUUCCAAGCUGCCAAGUUAGAGGAAACUAAGAACAAGAAGGAAAAUGAAGGAAAGAAACCUGCUGAACUUAAGAAGAUCUUGAGUGAAAUGUGGAAGGAAAUGGAUGAUGACGAAAAGAAGCCAUAUGUUGAUUUGUCUAAUCAACAAAAGGAACAAAACAAGGCUGCUAAGAAAUCAAGUGCUCCUCCAAAGAAGAAGAAGAAGAAGGAUGAAUCUGAAGAUGAAGAAGGAAGCGAAUCUGAUGAGGAAUAAAUUGUAGAGAUGUAAAUUAUUUAU